UCAUUAAUAAAAAAAAAAUCCACAAAUAUAAACAAGUAAAAUGUUAUGCAAGUAUUCAUAUUAAACAAUAAUUAUUUUAUGUCUAUUAUUAAAUCAUAUAUUCAUAGGCAAAAUCAAUAAUCUAUAAAUAAAUCUUGUGGGAUUUCCGAAUGGAAAAUUACCAUUUGUUAUCCACAAUUAUUGUGAUAAUGACGACGGAAUGACGUGAUAAUAAAGUAACCAAUCAGAUGAAUUGCUAUUCUAGAAUCACCAUAGAGAUAUAUGCAGAUAUAAACUGAGAAACGUUUCACCUUAAAUCACAUUUACUGCAAAUGUCGAUGAUGCCUCAUCAAGGACUGUUUCAAAGAAGUUAGCAUUGUGUUGUUACAUUUUGGAUUUUAGAAUUCAUCGCAUAAAAGAGAAAAAUAUGGCUGCGGAAAACUUUUCAUGUGAAGAUUGUGGAAAAACUUUCACUCGACUAUCCAAUUUACAUCGACAUCAUCGAUCAGCGCAUAGAUCAAAUUCAUUUCGUUGUCAGACGUGUGGAAGAUGCUUUAAUAGACGAGAUAAUUAUUUACGUCACACGAGAAAUCAUCCAGAAAAUUCUGAUAAAGAGUCAUAUGCAUCUGUAAAGGUGACAAAUUCAAAGAACUCUGACAAUGGUGACAAAGAAAACAUGUGCCCUAAUCAGUCGGGGAGUGGAAAGUCGUCGAACGAUAUAAAAGACAAUGAAGCUGAAGAGGUCAAAGAAGAUUGUAUUUCAGAAGAAGAGGCUAUAGAGGGUCAUUUAAAAAAAGUUUUCAUAGAAGCAACCGACAAAAGCAAGUACGAUCCUCUGGCAUUCCUGAAAAUGAAGGAAGAAACCAUUAGAUCGAUUUUAAGAAAGGAGCGUACCAAAAGGAAAAGAAUUAAAUUUUAUAUCACCCUACAAGUGCGAUUCACGAAGACAAAAGGGGAUCAAGUAGAAAUUGCAGAACCUCAUUUCCACGGACGUUGCCACAUACUGUUAAACAAUGAAGAUAUUGAGCCUACGUUGAGGGAGAGCAUCAUGAAAAUAUUUAACGCUUUUAUUGAAUAUCAACGAGAAGGCAGUAACUGGGUACUGGACAAGGUUCUGGGAGUGACGGUUCAUAUCGUACAAUAUAACCCAAUAAAAGGAUCCAGUUAUUUGUCACUACCAGCAAAACUCGCCAGCAAAAAAGCCAUUGUCAACGUUCAGAAUACCGAUCAAAAAUGUUUCAUGUGGUCGGUUUUAGCUGCUCUUUACCCAGUCACAAAUCAUCCCGAACGAGUCGUGAAUUAUGUGCAACAUAUAGAAAAGCUAGACUUCUCAGACAUUUCAUUUCCCGUCUGGGUCGGAGACAUUCCCAAAUUCGAAAAGAGAAACGACAUAUCCAUCAAUGUAUUUGGUUAUGAAAAACGAGAAUUAUAUCCUCUUCAUCUGACAAGAGAAAGAGGAUUAAAGCAUGUAGAUCUCCUCGUUCUUAACAGAGGAGAUACCUCACACUACUGUUGGAUAAAAAGCAUCAACAGAUUACUGAAUGAUGGGCAAAAAGGAAAUCAACUGUAUCACUGUCAUUACUGUCUCCAUGGAUUUACUAAACAGCAGCUUUUAGAAAAACACGUUCCUUACUGUGAAGUACACGGUGCACAGCGGACCGAGAUGCCAACUGAAGAAGAUAAAUGGCUAGAGUUCAGCGAUGUCUCCAAACAACUUAAGGUUCCAUUUGUGAUCUAUGCCGACUUUGAAAGUAUUCUUGAGAGGCAUUAUGGUUGUCAACCGGAUCCUAGUAAAUCGUCCACUAUUAAGCUAGCAAAGCAUAUUCCCUCAGGAUUUACUUACAAAGUUGUCGGACUUUCAUCAAAUAUCACAAUGAAUCACGUGACAUACCGUGGUCAUGAUGCCGUUGAUAAGUUUAUUGACCAUAUGAUCAAAUUAGAAGACGAGCUUUUGGGGGUCCUGCGCGAAUCAAAGCCUAUGGAUUUGUCUGAAGAGGAGACUAAAGCAUUCCAGGAGGCGACUAAGUGCCACAUCUGUAACAAAGAAUUAGGAGAAGAUACCGUUCGUGAUCACUGCCAUGUGACGGGAAAAUUUCGAGGCGCAGCUCACAGUAAUUGUAAUCUUAACCUUCGACUCAGAGAGAGAAUACCGGUAUUUUUUCAUAACCUGAAAGGAUAUGAUGCUCACCAUAUCAUGAAUGCCCUCGGCAAGUACAAGCACAAAAAGAUCAACUGCAUUCCUCAGAACCACGAGAAAUACAUUUCGUUUUCUUUAGGAAGAUUAGAUUUCGUCGACACGUUCCAAUUUUUGUCUACAUCUCUCGACAAACUAUCGUCAAAUCUAGCCAAAGAGGGUCUUCAUAAAUUUCCUCAUCUCCAAGCAUACGUAGCCACUACCCACCCACGAAACGAGCAGACAAAGCUUCAAUUGUUAAGCAGAAAAGGAGUGUAUCCUUACCGCUACAUGAACUCAUUCAAAAAGUUUCAAGAAACGACACUUCCACCACAACAAGCUUUCUACAAUGAUCUUGACGGUAAAACUGUGUCCGAUCAAGACUAUUUGCAUGCACAAUGGGUUUGGGAUGUUUUCAACAUUCAGAAUUUAGGACAAUACCAUGAUCUGUACAUGGAAACCGACGUGAAUCUUUUAGCUGAUGUGUUUGAAAAUUUUCGUAAUCUCUGCUUAAACAUGUAUGGUCUCGAUGCGGCUCAUUUUUAUACGGCCCCAGGACUUGCAUGGCAGGCCGCUCUCAAGAUGACAGGUGUUCAACUUGAGCUUUUGACUGACCCAGAUAUGCAUCUGUUUGUAGAAAAAGGGCUCAGAGGGGGUAUUGCUAUGAUUUCUCAAAGGUAUGCAAGUGCUAACAAUCCCUAUCUUAGCGACUACAAUCCCUGUCAACCCUCAAACUAUCUAAUGUAUUUGGAUGCUAACAAUCUGUACGGGUGGGCCAUGAGUCAGUCGCUGCCAACUCAUGAUUUUUGUUGGUUGACCCCCGACGAAAUGAAAAUGAUCGACGUCCAUUCCAUGCCUCUCGAUGGAAACACUGGUUAUGUCUUUGAGGUCGAUCUGAAAUAUCCCAUGGAAUUGCACGACUACCACAGUGACUAUCCCUUAGCUCCAGAAUCUUUCCGAAUCAAACCUGAGAUGCUUUCCCCUUAUCAAAAAGAGCUUUUGACUAAACUCGAAAUGAAAGAAAGCACUUCUACUAAGCUUGUGCCCAAUCUCUAUGAUAAAGAAAAUUACGUGGUCCACUACAGAAAUUUACAACUCUACCUUGCAUUGGGGAUGAGACUCGCUAAAGUUCACCGGGUUUUGUCCUUUAAGCAGAGCCCAUGGCUUAAAGCCUACAUUGAUUUUAAUACCAGUAAACGAAAGAACGCCAACAACGAGUUUGAAAAAGAUUUUUUCAAACUAAUGAAUAACAGUGUCUUUGGGAAGACAAUGGAGAAUCUACGGAAACGAGUAGACAUUCAACUCGUUCAUCAAAAGAAGAAACGUUUAAAGCUUUCGGCCAAACCUGGGUUUAAAUCUUUCAAGAUCUUCAACGAAGAUCUUGCCUCGGUGGAAUUAACCAAAUCGAAACUAGUCCUUAAUCGUCCCAUUUAUGUUGGGUUUACCAUUUUGGAACUUUCCAAGGUCUUGAUGUAUGAUUUUCAUUACAACUACAUCAAGAAAAAGUAUGGUGAUCGAGCUGCUCUCUGUUUUACAGACACGGACUCCCUAUGCUACGACAUAUCCACUGAGGAUGUGUAUGUUGACAUGAAGGAAAAUCACCAUUACUUUGAUUUCAGCGAUUACCCCGAAAAUCAUUUCCUUCACAGCAAUUUGAAUAAGAAGGUUCUAGGGAAAAUGAAAGACGAAUGUCAAGGUCACAUUAUGCGAGAAUUUAUUGGUGUUAAACCUAAGAUGUACAGUUUUGUUCAUGAAAAGAAAACUGUUCAAAACGACAAGGAAUUGAUCUGCAUGGAGGAAAAGAAACGAGCGAAAGGAGUGAGUAAAGUAGUCGUGCAAUCAAGCAUUCAUCACGAGAACUACAAAAGUUGUUUGUUUUCUAGAGAGUUCCAGAAGGAAUCAAUGGUGGCGUUUAGGUCGUUAAACCAUCAAAUAUACACCAUUGUUUUAAACAAAACAAGUUUGAGCCCCUAUGACGACAAAAGACAUAUUCUUGACGACGGGAUUCACACCUUAGCACACGGUCAUUAUAGGACACGAGAUGUAUGAGUGUUGGUAUUAUCAUACCAUAACUGUAGAACGAAUGACUAUAUUAUAUCAAACCCACAAUGUCAACAGAUGAAUUCAAAAGAACUUAAACAAACAAACUGCUUAAGGGACUUCAAUGCUAUAUUCUUUUUUUAAUUGUAAAUGUAUAUUUGUAUGUAUUAUACGCAACUUUUUUCAUGCUUUUUUUUUUUUCUGUACAACACUUUUCACCAAAAUGCGUGUUUAAUGAAUUAUAUCAGAUAUAGUCAAAUGUAUUGUCACCAUUGAGCGAUGAUUAUGUUGGUCAUUUUAACUUUGUAUGUUAUGUAUUCUGAGUAUGUCUAACAAAAUGUAAAUAAAUACAUGAAAACAAACCUGUGG